ACAAUUUGGAGUGUUGCUGCACAACCCGUUGAAGUUGAAACCCGAAAAGACAUGCCGUCAUCAAGAGGCGCCACCCACAGCCGCCCUCCGUACAUCCCCAGAUCCUCCUCCUCCGCCUCCUUCAAGGGCUGCUGCUGCUGCCUGUUCCUCCUUUUCUCCUUCCUAGCUCUCUUAAUCCUCGCCGUCGUCCUCGUUGUCGUCCUCGCCCUAAAGCCAAAGAAGCCCCAAUUCGAUCUCCAGCAGGUGGGCAUCCAGUACAUGAACAUAACCACUCCCAAUCCCACCGCCGCCUCCCUUUCCCUCAACAUUCGAAUGAUUUUCACCGCCGUUAACCCCAACAAAGUGGGAAUCAAGUACGGGGAGUCUCGGUUCACGGUCAUGUACCGAGGGAUUCCACUUGGGAGAGCCUCAAUUCCCGGAUUCUUUCAAGACCCCCAUAGCCAACGCCAGGUCGACGCCACCAUCGCCGUCGAUCGUGUCAGCCUCCUCCAAGCCGACGCCGCUGAUUUGAUCCGUGACGCCUCGUUAAACGACCGUGUGGAGCUGAGGAUUCUCGGCGACGUUGCCGCUAAGAUCCGCCUCUUGUCCUUUGAUUCCCCCGGCGUUCAGGUAUCGGUGGAUUGUGCAAUUGUGAUUAGUCCAAGGAAGCAGUCUCUCACAUACAAGCAAUGUGGUUUUGAUGGCUUAAAUGUAUGACUCACUCUCUCUUCCCUUUACAUCCAAAAAAAAUUCUUUCAUUACUUU